AUGUUAAUCUGGACUGGUUUAGGUUUCAUAGCUGAUGAUCACACCCAGGUUCAAACUGGUAUUGUGGCAAGUGGUGUUUACAUUUUUUCAGCUAUCUAUUCUGCUGGUGAAGGUCCUGUUCCAUUUACCUACUCCGCUGAAGCCUUCCCAUUGUACAUUCGUGAUCUUGGAAUGGGUUUCGCUACUGCCACUUGUUGGUUCUUCAAUUUCAUUUUAGCAUUUACGUGGCCAAAGAUAGUCAGUUCGUUUGGUAGGACUGGGGCAUUCAUGUGGUAUGCAGCAUGGAAUUUUGCUGGUUUUUUCAUGGUUUUAUGGUUCUUACCCGAAACAAAGGGUUUGACUUUGGAAGAAUUGGACGAAGUCUUCUCCGUCAGUACCAGAAAGCAUGCUGCUUGGCAGACAAAGAAUUUCUUAAAUGGUAUCCAAAGAGUCGUCUUACGUCGCCAUAUCGAUCCAUUACCUCCAUUAUAUGAGCACCAAAAGAGAUUGGCUGUUACCAAUCCUGAUUGGAACAAUAAGACCGAAACUGCUCAUAUCGAGUAG